CAUCUGGGUGAAUGGUAGGGGGGUGUGAGGGGCUGAAUUGUAGGGGGGAGUGAGGGGCAUGGCGAGGAAAUCGGGAUGAUUUGGAAGCAGUGCACAACAAAACAUAGUAUAGUAUGUGAUUGUGUACGUAGGGCGUAGGUAGGUAGGUAGGUAGCAUCGUCAUUCUCUCUUGCAACCAAUAAACGCAGGGCAGUAGUGUGGGAUGGGAUAUGGGCCUCCAUUUCUUCAACUUCAAUCCGCGCUUCAUUUGAUUGUUUUGCAUUUUCUCUCCCACGCCCACACCCCCACCUCCCUUUUCUCUCCUUCAUUAUAAUACUACUUAUCAUAAUUACCUAAUUUUCACAAUUCCACCCCUCUUUCUCCCCCCUUCCUUUUGUUACUGAGCGGUGGCUCCGUUCACGCGGCGGUGCCAUCUCUCGAUAUGACAACCGCCAACUACGCCGCCAUGACCCACGACCUCGAGAAUGCCACCACUUCCGCUCCCAUCGACGAUGCUGACUGGCCCACCGAUCCUAACUUUUCUGAUCCUUUUGACAUUGGCAACACAAAAAAUGCCUCUCAUGUUUUGCUCAAGCGUUGGAGGCAAGCUGCCCUCGUGCUUAAUGCUUCCCGCCGGUUCCGCUACACGUUAGAUUUGAGAAAAGAGGAAGAGCAAGAAAGAAGAAGAAGAAUGAUAAGAGCACACGCUCAAGUCAUUAGGGCUGCAUUGCUCUUCAAAUUGGCUGGACAGCGAGCAAUUGUUUUAGGAACUACCGUAGCUCCUCCAUCUCCCAAUGGGGAUUAUGGAAUUGGACUUGAACAACUUGCUUCAAUGAACAGGGAUCACAAUCUUUCUGCAUUGCAACAAUAUGGGGGGGUUAGAGGGUUAUCGGAUAUGCUGAAAACAGAUCCGGAAACAGGUAUUUAUGGUAAUGAGGAUGAGUUACUGAAAAGAAGGAAUACCUUUGGGUCAAAUACGUAUCCCGUGAAAAAGGGACGAACUUUCUUGAUGUUCCUCUGGGAGGCUUGGCAGGAUUUAACCCUUAUUAUCUUAAUCAUAGCUGCUGUGGCAUCAUUGGCCCUUGGAAUAAAAACUGAGGGACUGGAAGAAGGAUGGUAUGAUGGAGGAAGCAUUACCUUUGCAGUUCUUCUUGUUAUUUUUGUUACGGCAAUUAGCGACUACCGGCAGUCUCUCCAGUUUCAAAAUUUAAAUGAGGAAAAGAGAAAUAUCCAGUUGGAGGUCAUCAGAGGUGGUCGAAGAGACAAGGUUUCAAUAUAUGAUAUUGUGGUUGGGGACGUCGUGCCUCUCAAGAUAGGUGAUCAGGUUCCUGCCGACGGAAUCUUGAUGAAUGGUCAUUCUCUUGCCAUUGAUGAAUCCAGUAUGACUGGGGAAAGCAAGAUUGUUCACAAAGACCACAAAGCUCCUUUUUUGAUGUCGGGUUGUAAGGUAGCAGAUGGUGCUGGGACCAUGCUGGUAACUGGUGUUGGAAUCAACACUGAGUGGGGAUUGUUGAUGGCCAGUAUUUCGGAAGAUAAUGGUGAAGAAACUCCUUUACAGGUGCGCCUGAAUGGCGUGGCAACGUUUAUAGGCAUUGUUGGUCUCUCCGUUGCGCUCCUUGUGCUUGUUGUUCUCUUGGCAAGAUAUUUCACUGGGACUUCAAGAAAUGCUGAUGGAUCUGUCCAGUUUGUCCGUGGGACAACUAGUGUUAGCAAAACAGUUGAUGGAGUUAUUCAUAUUAUAACUGCUGCUGUCACGAUAGUGGUCGUUGCAGUCCCAGAAGGGCUUCCUUUGGCUGUAACCUUAACUCUGGCAUUCUCCAUGAAAAAGAUGAUGGCUGACAAGGCUUUGGUGCGUAGGCUUUCCGCCUGUGAAACCAUGGGAUCUGCAACAACCAUUUGCAGUGAUAAGACUGGAACUUUGACCCUCAAUCAGAUGACUGUGGUCGAGGCUUAUGUUGGGCCAAAGAAGAUUGAUCCUCCUGAAGAUGGUUCGCAGUUGCAUGCAACAGUCUCCUCUCUGCUAGAUGAGGGAAUAGUACAGAACACUGCCGGCAGUGUAUUUCUAUCUAAGGAUGGAGAACUGGAGAUUUCUGGAUCUCCAACUGAAAAAGCGAUUCUUCAAUGGGGUGUCAAGUUGGGCAUGAAGUUUGAUAUCGUGAAAUCAGAAUCCAUAGUUCUCCAUGUCUCUCCAUUUAAUUCUACCAAGAAGCGAGGAGGUGUUGCAUUAAGAGGGCGGACUGAAUCCAAAGUUCUUAUACAUUGGAAGGGAGCAGCAGAAAUAAUUCUAUCCUCAUGUUCACAUUACAUUGAUGUAAAUGGUUCCUUGCAGUCCAUGGAUAAGGAUAAGGACUUCUUUAAAGAUGCUAUUGAUGAUAUGGCUGCAAGAACCUUGAGGUGUGUGGCCAUUGCUUACAGAACAUGUGAAACAGAUGAGGUUCCAACUGAUGAAGAGCAGUUGGCACAGUGGACUUUACCAGACGAUGAUCUCGUGUUGCUGGCUAUUGUUGGUAUAAAGGAUCCUUGUCGUCCAGGCGUCAGAGAUGCAGUGAGAUUGUGCACACAUGCUGGUGUUAAGGUGCGUAUGGUAACUGGAGAUAACGUUCAGACAGCCAAAGCAAUUGCUCUGGAGUGUGGUAUCCUUUCUCCAGGUGCAGACACAAAUGAACCCUAUGUAAUAGAAGGGAAGAGAUUCCGUGAGUUGUCUGACAAAGAGAGAGAACAAGUCGUACAAAAGAUAUCGGUUAUGGGAAGGUCUUCUCCAACUGACAAGCUUUUGCUUGUUCAAACACUACGUAAACAAGGUGAAGUUGUUGCUGUAACUGGAGAUGGAACUAAUGACGCUCCCGCAUUGCAUGAGGCUGAUAUAGGUCUUUCCAUGGGCAUACAAGGAACUGAAGUUGCAAAAGAAAGCUCGGACAUUAUUAUCUUGGAUGACAAUUUUGCUUCAGUUGUGAAGGUUGUACGCUGGGGACGCUCUGUCUAUGCAAACAUCCAAAAAUUUAUCCAGUUCCAGCUCACUGUUAAUGUUGCAGCUCUUGUAAUAAAUGUUGUUGCUGCAGUUUCGUCUGGUGAUGUUCCUCUAACUACAGUGCAGCUACUCUGGGUUAAUCUCAUCAUGGAUACUCUGGGAGCUUUGGCACUGGCGACUGAACCUCCAACUGAUCAUCUCAUGGAUAGAACUCCAGUUGGUCGUAGGGAGCCUCUUGUAACAAACAUCAUGUGGAGAAACUUGAUUGUACAGGCUAUAUAUCAAGUUGCGGUCCUCCUUGUUCUCCACUUUUGUGGCAUAUCUAUUCUCAAGUUGGAGAAGGACGAGAAAGCGCAUGCUUACAUGGUGAAGAACACUGUGAUAUUCAAUGCAUUUGUUUUCUGUCAAAUUUUUAAUGAGUUCAAUGCGCGAAAACCAGAAGAAAUCAAUGUCUUCUCAGGUGUGACCAAAAACCACCUCUUCGUGGGAAUAGUAGGAGCCACAUGUGUACUUCAGAUAAUCAUAAUUAAUUUCCUGGGGAACUUCACCUCAACUGUUAGGCUUAACUUCCAACUAUGGGUAGUUUGCGUCGUUAUAGGCAUUAUCAGCUGGCCUCUUGCUGUCGUUGGUAAAUUCAUUCCAGUUCCAAAAACACCUCUGGCGAAGGUCUUCAUAAAGCCAUACCAGCGGUGCAUUGCUGCUCGUAAUGCACGCAACUCCUAACUAAUAUCUUGAUAUUUUUCCAUUCAUCAAGUAGCCUCGUCCAAUUUCCUGGAAUCGAGAAUGCAACUCCAGCAGCAGAGUAAAUUCACUCUUGAUAUUACUUUUUUGAUAAAAGUGUACCAUACUAUGCUGACUCCGUGAAUCUGGAUUCAUUGAUAUUCUAUUAAAGUACUUGAAAAUAUUCUAUAUCUAUUGUAAAUAGUCCAUUACUUCUUCACAGGAUGUUUUAGCAAUAGGAAGUAUUAAUACGUAUCAUAGAGGCGUAUCUCCUACAAUCAUAUUCUUUCGCUAUCAAUCUAGGCUGGCAUGAGUAUCAGAACUUCUACAUUCCCCUUUUGUUUCUGAAU